CACACAAACUUUUAAAMGAAAGUUGUGUCCGAAAGAAGGGCCGUCGACGACACUAUAGCUACUUUCAUAAUUAGUGCGUGUUGAUAGAUCAACAAUUGAGUGAAAAUAUCCGAAGAUGACAAAGGCGAUUCUUCGUACACUGAUCGCCAUUAUCGGUUCUCAGGCAUCAACGUGUGGCGCAUUCCACAUCAAGCACCAUCAUCUCCGUCUCGUUGGAAGAAAUGAUGCUUCAAAAUGGACAAAUGUGUGUGAUAAGGAACCACUCCAGGUUGACCGAAAUCGCGUCAAAUUAUCCAUGUCAAAUCAGUUUGAUAUUACGAAGCCCGUGUUCGAUCCGCUCUCGCUUCGAUCUGUGCGAGGUGAUGCUAUUGUGAGGUACGAUGCGACCAACCAGUCYGAACCCUUGCGCAUAAUCCUCUACGCUUUCCUCGGAUUGACACUKCUUUCGGCUCCAUUCAUCGUCGAGGCUAUCGGGUAUGAGCCAAUGAAYACUCCGACAACAAUCGCAUCUUUGGCCCUUGCAAGUGSUAGCGCGGCACUGUUUGUUCGAGAAUGCACUCGACGGGCAAGGCAACUGAAUCGAAUCGAAAAAGAACUGAAUACAGAAAGCUUACCAAUACGACUUCCGACAAAUSCUUUCUCUGAAAUGCCUUUUUCGAAACCGAUUCCAUUGAAAGUUUUCAGGGGAAUGGACAAGCCGCCUCGUAUCAUUGCGAUAUGCGGAGAUCAACCAAAAUUGAUCCGAGUUUUAAAAGACUUAGCAAUCUACCGUCAACGCUUCACCCAAGCUUCAGUGUAUGUUGUCGCUGUGUCUACUGAUGGAUCCACCGCAAGAGACUGGCAGGACUUAGACCAAAACUCCUACAAAUCUUGGCUGGCAGAUUCUUAUCAACCACAGGUCUGGUUGGAUUAUUUUCGGGGAUUGRCAAACGACGAAUCUGGUGGCGAUUUUGGCUUUCGCUGGUUUGGUUUGAACUCAAACGGAAGAUCUUUCGGAUCGGGUGAUGGGGAGAUGCAGAUGAUUCAACUUAUGGGCCAGUACGUCAGUCUCGAUAUCCUAUGUCCAAUUUUUCAUUGUAUCGUGAAGUAUUUCGCCGCGCCUGCUAUCCAUUUUAUGUUUCUCUCGUUCGUAUUAUCCCGUCUAUUCUUUGAAAUAUGUUUUGAGGUGAAAGCUUACACACUAUUUUAAACAUUUCACGUUUAUUGAUUCUUUACGAAGAUUUCUCCGACCGACCGACUUCCUGGACAUCUCAGAUGAUUCAAAUACAAAAAAACUAAGUUCCGAAACAACAGCUGCAGAGAAGGAACUAGUGGAAGCUGUCGARGUGUUUUAUAAUGCUUUAACCACUGGUGACCAAGAUUCGAUUGAUGCUAUUUUUUCACAGUCCAACACGACGGAAUUGUCAGAGGUAAGAUUUCUUUCCCAUCGUUUCAAGAAAACAUGGAUUUUGUCAGAUAGUAUUCACAUAUUGACUUCGUCAAAAAAGGCAUCACCAAUAUAUUUUUUUUGCUAUCUCAAUGAUUCAUCUCAGGUGAUUGACUUGGGUGGGCGGAUUGAU